AUGGUCAGAAAGACGUUGCUUACCAACACACCUCCAAUAAUGGACAAGUAUCCGAAGCUGGAUGAUUUCGAUGGAGAGGCGCCUGAGGGCGAUUUCCUGAGCCGGGAGAAGGCCAUGUUGGGUGAAGAAGAAGCUGCCAAGUUUGGCGAUGUCGAGGUUGAGUCCGAGGAGGAGUUCCAGUCCAAUUACCCAGCUUUGGACACCGCCGACGUUGACGAGACGACUGACGGAGUGGCUGCCGUGAACCUGGACAGUGCUCAGGAGGAGUUUUCGGUUCGCAGCGAGACACCGGCGGCUAAUGGCGAUCGCUACGGGUUCGACCUGGCCGAGAGCGAGUUUGUGCAGGAGUGGAAGGUCAAGCAUCAGUUGGAGGUUGAGCGACGCGACAAGGCCAGCUCGGAUCGCCAGGCCGAGACCAGAAAGAACGCCGAGAAGGCUAUUGAUGAUUUCUACACAAACUACAACACCAAAAAGGAGUCUGCCAUUGAGAAGGUUCGCGAGGAGGCCGCCGAGCUCAUCAAGCAACGCGACGAGGGCGUUGGCUCCGGCACUACCUGGGAUCGGGUCGCUACUCUGAUUGAGAAAAUCGGCACUGGCGCAGUUGGUGUCAAGGCUGCCGACAAAAAGCGUUUCAAGGAGCUCAUUGAUUCCUUGAAGGGCGACGCCAAUGCUCCGGGCGCUGCUGGUUACUAG